GCCAGUAGCCUACAGACUGGGACGUGACAAACAAACAGUGGAGCUCCUAUUUGUCUCAAGUCGAGCUUUCAUUAGCAGAAGAUAAAGCUAAUAUUCAAAGGUGGCGAAUUGUAUAGGAUUAUAACCAGGAAGUGCUUGCUGUUUUCUAUCAACGCACUUUAAGUAAAGACCUGCCCGCUUGCAUGGAGGACAACAGGCUUGGAUUUAAAGACUGGCGAGACAUUAUGUGGAAGAGGAGACAAUAAAGUGGAGCUUAUUUAGUGCCCAUCUGGAUUCCGGACUUCCUCCGUAGCAGUUAGAUGCGUCUGUCCCCUCAUCUGCGACAAUGACGAUGAAAGGCUUGUCGAGUAGCCGGAGACACCAUCACACAGUGACCUGUGACCCCUCCUAUGACUCCAUGACCUUGGGGCGCCAAGCCCGGCCCUACCUGCUGAACCCAGGCGAUGCCCACCCAGCGGACCACCCUUACUAUGCCCAGCGAAGCUCCUUCCAGUCUGAGUGCGGGCCCUACCCUGACCUUGCUAGCAGCACCUUCCCCCGAAGACAAUACAGCUCCCACCACGAACUGAAGGAUGAGUGUGCUGUGGUGCCUUACACCGGAGGCCAAGGGGGAAGCGUUAAGGGGGGCGGUGGUGGUGGAGGAGGAGGCAGCAACAACCGAAUCCCACCAAAUCUUCUGGAGCAGUUUGAGCGACAGGCGCCGGUGCGGCACGACGGCUACCACACGCUGCAGUACAAGUGCACAGCGAUGGAGCACCAGCGCAGCGACAGCCCCGGGAGGAUCCGCCAUCUUGUCCACUCGGUCCAGAAGCUCUUCACCAAGUCCCACUCCCUGGAGGGCCCAUCGGGGGGCAGGGUGAACGGGGGCAAGGCCAGCCCCGACGACCCGCCCUCCCACUCGAGCACCCUAAAGCACAGCAGCAAGCGCAGCAAGAGCAAGGACCGCAGCAGGUCGGAGCCCAAGAUGCGCUCUGCCAUCUCAGGCUACUGGAGCUCGGACGACACCCUGGACCGUGAGGUGGGCCUGUACCAUCACCACAGCCCCAGCCCGGGAGGCAUGCCCUCUGGGGUGAUGACCAUGGGCCGCCACCCAGAGAAGUCCCAGUCGCAGUACUUCAUGGAGCAGUACAACACAAUCAGCGCCCACUCACUGAAGACGUCGCGGAGCAACAACGACGUCAAGUGUUCCACGUGCGCCGGGUUGCCGGGACUGGGCAUGGGUAUGGAUGGAACUGGCCAGCUGCUGAAGAAGAGCUCUUGGUCAUCCACACUGACGGUCAGCAGGGCCAGGGAAGUCUACCAGAAGGCAUCGGUCAACCUGGACAAAGCCCUGGUUAAGGCCGAGACCUGCCAGCAGGGGGGCCGCCAGACCUUUCAAUUCCUCCAGGUGCCCCAGGACGAGUGGAGUGGGGGAUUCUCGCCCCUAGGGAAGGACGAGGAGAUCCCAUGCCGGCGGAUGCGCAGCGGCAGCUACAUCAAGGCCAUGGCAGAGGAAGACAGCGGUGACUCGGACUGCAGCCCCAAGCCCUCGCCCAAGGUGCAGGCACGCCGGGCCAGCUACCUGAAGGCCACACAGCCAUCGCUCACCGAGAUGACCACCCUCAAGAUCUCCACUGACUCGCAUUCUCCCAAGCUGCAGAUCCGGAGCCACAGCUACCUGCGGGCGGUGAGUGAGGUUUCCAUCAAUAGAAGCCUGGACAGCUUGGACCCAGCAGGGCUGCUGGCCUCGCCCAAAUUCCGCUCGCGAAACGAGAGCUACAUGAGAGCCAUGAGCACCAUCAGCCAGGUGAGCGAGGUGGAGGUAAACGGGCAGAUCGAGGCAGUGUGUGAGUCCGUCUUCAGUGAGAUGGAGUCCCAGGCGGUGGAUGCCCUGGACCUCCCAAUGUCAGGCUGCUUCCGUAUGCGCAGCCAUAGCUACGUCCGUGCCAUCGAGAAGGGUUCCUGCUCCCAAGACGAGGAGGACAGGGGCAUGGUGGGGGGCAACAUGAGGGCUAUCUCACCCCCUCGGACCACCACCACCGUUAGGACGAUCCAGAGCAGCACAGUGUCGUCAUGCAUCACCACGUAUAAGAAGAUGCCUCCGCCGGUGCCGCCGCGCACCACCCCGCCCAAGCCCUUUAUUUCCAUCACGGCCCAGAGCAGCACCGAGUCGGCCCAGGAUGCCUACAUGGACGGGGGGUCAGGCCCCCGGACCCACAUCAGCACCUCCCAGCCCGGCCUGUCCAACUCCACAGAGAGCAUCGACAGUAUGAAGGCCCUGAUGGCAGCUAUCGAGGCAGCUAACGCCCAGGUCCACGGCCCAGCCAGCCAGCAUGUCACGAACAGCACCAUCACUGCCACCACCACUGCCUCCAGCGACAGCAAGAGAGACGCGUUCCGGAAGUGCCUCUCCAUAGGGAUACAGGUGGAUGGACCAGAGGAGGUUGGGGGGACGGAGGAGCACUCCAAGUUCCAGUCAGUGGGCAUCCAGGUGGAAGAGGAGAGAUGUUACCGCAGGAUGACCAGGUCCAACAGUGUGACCACGGCGGUCCAAGCCGACCUAGACGACCCUGACUACUGUCCCGUCGAUGCCCCAGAGAUGGUGAUGCGCCACUCAGCCACCAUGCCCCGCCAGCACUCCCGGGAUGCCGCCACCUCCACCGUCUCCAUCCAGGGCUCGGGGAACCACUACCACGCCCUGACCGUGGAGGAAUACGGCGAGGUGGGUUUGGACCCAUCCAUCCUGCCCCCGCCAGACCCCUGGAUGGACCAGGUAGAGGACCCCAUGGAGGUGGUGGGGGGACGGGGGUUGAUGUGUCCCAGGGACGGGAGGUGGUUCCUUAAGCUUCUCCAGGCCGAGAUGGAGCGCAUGGAGGGCUGGUGCCGACAGAUGGAACUGGAUGAGAUGGAUAACGAGCUACCGGAGGAGAUACUAGGGAAGAUCCGCAGUGCAAUAGGCAGCGCCCAGCUGCUUAUGUCUCAGAAGUUCCAGCAGUUUCGGGAGCUGUGUAAGGAGAAUCAGAACCCCAAUGCCCACCCGAGGCCCAGUUCCCAGGACCUAGCAGGCUUCUGGGACAUGCUGCAGCUGUCCAUCGAGAACAUCAGCCUGAAGUUUGAUGAGCUGCACCAACUCAAAGCCAACAACUGGAGACCCCUGGACCCCCCAGAAAUAAAGGAGAGAAGGUUCGCCCCUCCAGUGCCAAAGAAGCCCCACAAGGGCCGCCCUCCCCUGGCCAGGGACCGUUCUCUGGAGAGCUCCGAGAGACAGCGGUUGGAGGCUCGCAAACGCCUGCUGGCCGCCAAGCGGGCCCUCUCGGUCCGACAGAGCUCGGUCACCGAGAGCGCAGCAGACAGUAUCGAGAUCUACAUCCCAGAGGCCCAGACCAGAUUAUGAGACACACACAGACAUAGACACACACACACACAGCCAGAGACACGCACACACACAUACACACACAAACACACACACCUACAAAGGCGCACACACAAACACACACACACACCGAGUGACACUGUCAAGACACUCAUCUGCAAUGAAUGGCGAGGGUAGGGUGCUUGUAAUAUAAUCACAUGUUUAUUGACUUCCACAAAAACGGUCACAGCAGCAGGUGGAGUGAGAAUACUGUAUAUUUAUUAACUUUUCCUCUUCUCUCCAUUUGAACCUCUCCUUGAACUUUCAGCUUUUCAUGUAGCUCCCCCCACUCCUUACUCCCAAAGAUGUUUCUUCUUGUGAUGCCAAUUCUUCUUACCGAUGUUCCACCAACCAAAAGGCCUGUUGUCACCCAAACAGGUAUACCAGUACCACAGUAUUGAUGCAUAAUGUAUAAUGUUUCUGAUUCAUUUGAAUAGAAGGUGGGUUAGGGAGGGAGGGGAUGUGUACUAGUGGGUAUAGACCGAGCACUGUCAGGGCACACUAGGUAAUCCUGUUGGGUGUCAGACACCCUGAGACAGUGGCUUGUGUCCCACAUGACACCCUAUUCCUUAAAUAGUCCACUACUUUUGUGCACUACCUGGUCAAAAGUAGUGCACCACAUAGAAAAAAGCCAGCCUCUCUCCUCUGGUGACCCUGGGUGAGGCUGCUAUUUUGACUCACAACACAAUGACAGCAGACUAUAGAGAAACCCAGUCUCUCUCCCCUGUUGGAUGCUACCGUCACAGGAUUUAUAACACACACACACACAUACACACAUGUGCAAGCACACGCACACACACAUACCUGUUCUCGAGAGAGGUAAUUGACCUAAACCUGUUUGAGUAGUUAGGAGAGAACACCUGAGACAUAUCUAAGACCUUCUGGAGACAGUACAAUACAUCAAUACAUCUAUGUAGCAGCAACCAUUGCAACUGUCAGUUUUAAAUUCAUUUAGGAGUCAAUUCAAUGUAAGUUGAAUUUUCACUUAGUCAUACAUUGAUGUCAAUGGGAGACUAAGUACAAAUGUCACUUAAGUAUAACUUAGCAUUCGCCUCUUAUUAUUGAAAUCUAGGCAACAGCAGAUCUAUAUCUCUUGGCUUUGAAAUCACACACAACGGCAUUUUAGUCAAAGAAACCAUUAUUGGUUUUGAUACAAUGAUUUUAGUCCAACACCUAGAUGUUCUAUUGGAGCCACCUACUUUUAUUAAACAUUGUUUUGUUAUUGUAUUUAAAACCGCAAAGCCGAGAGACUUUGUGCAGUAGCUGAAUCAACAGAGUCGGAAGGUGUUCAACGUAGACAAUAAUAUCAAUGUGCAAAAAUGACUUUCAAUUGUAAAAUCCAAACCUUUUAUAAAAUGGGAUUUGGGUAAAAGGAGUAGUGUAGUGAUUCAUAGUAUUUACCAAUAACCAAUACAGGUCUUUGUAGAGUAACCCCAAAAAAUAACUAAAAACAAGAAAGCCGGUGUGUGUCGGACAAUGACACUAUUCUUCCUGUUUUUCCAAAUGCGGUCUGUCCAGUUGCAGGAACAGUGGCUUGAUUCUGCUGCACUCUAUGUCUGAUCUUUAUGGGUUAUAGGUCACAGGGUGUCACGUCAAUCUGUCUACCCCCAGAUGUGGUAGGAUUCUGGGGUCGACAGCGCUAAUCCUGCCUGGCAGUCAGGAAUGGAGUUAGGUGGGCACAUGACAAGCUCUCAGAGAGAGGUCAGUGCUGCGAAAGCAGGGUCUGCCAGAAUAAAAGUGGUGAUUUAGUGUGUGUGUAUGUGUAUGUGAGUAUGUGUGUGCAUGCGCACGUAUGUAUGUUCACGAGCCUGUGCGUGUGUGUGUGUGCCCGUGCGUGUGUGUCUGUGAGAGCAGGUGUAUGUGUGUAUCAAGUGUGUAUGGGAGUAUACGGGGUUAAAGUGUUAUUUCUGAAAUGCUUCCUAUUUUUCAAGGUCCAAACAGGCCUUUCUUUUCACUAUGUACAGAAUGCAUCCCAAAUGGCACCCUAUUCCCUAUAUAAUGCCUUACUUUUGAC